UUACUCUCCGGCUCUAAGAACUCGCGGAUUUAGGUCUAUUAUAGAGGGACCCCUGCUUAAUCGGGGGGGAGAAGAAUCGUGCGCUCUCCGUUGUCCCGAUUUUUGCGCAUUGCCCGCGCAAAAGUCGAUCGAUCGUCUUCUUCUCUGGAAUCGCGCUUGCGAUUCUACUCUCUUCUUGUUCUCCGCGAUGGCGUUCUGAUUUUCUUGGAAUAUUUUCGUCAUCGUCGUCUUUCCCUUGCUUCGGCCAUGGUAGGAGCCGGAUUCGCAGUGCUUCGAGCGCUCCGUGCGGGCAUGGAGCAGCAGAACGAGCCGAUAACGCGGCUCCUGGAUUUCUCGCUCAUGCCGAUCGCCAAGGUCCUUGUAAUGUGCGCGCUGGGAGCGAUUAUGGCGUCACCGCGGAUCAAUAUCCUCACGGCGAACACCAGGAAGCAACUGAGCAAGCUUGUUUUUACUCUGUUUCUACCUUGCUUAAUCUUCACGAAGCUUGGAUCGGCAGUGACACUGCAGAAAAUGCUCGAAUGGUGGUUCAUUCCAGUGAAUGUUUUGCUCGCUACAAUUCUUGGCUGCGCUCUUGGAUGGCUUGUGGCUGUCAUCAUCAAACCUCCUCGAGAGUUUUUCAAUCUGACGAUUGUUAUGAUCGGUGUUGGGAAUAUCGGGAACAUCCCUCUUGUGCUGCUUGGAGCCGUGUGUCGUGACGACGAGAAUCCUUUUGGCGACCCCGCGACGUGCAAUGCGCAAUCCGUGGCCUACAUAUCGUUUGGUCAAUGGGUUGGAGCGGUGAUAGCAUAUACGUUCGUGAUGCGCAUGCUGAGACCUCCGAAAGGUGACACCACCGCCAUUCAAGAAUGUGACUUGACGGAGCCUCUGGUGAUAAAAAUCAACGGCCAGACCGCAGUUGUGAAUCCCCUCGAGGUUCCUGUGGUGAAAGACUACCCGCAGCUUACCGCGUAUGCAGAAGAUGAGUGGAAGGAUCCCGCACAUAACAAGCAUGCACUUUUGAGGAAGUUCCUGGCAACUCUCAGGAGUGUCAUGCAGCCAGCGAUAAACGCUUCAAUCCUGGCCCUUGUCGUAGGAGCAAUACCAUUUUUGAAGUACCUCUUCUUGGAUGACGAUGGAGCGCUGUUUUUUCUGUCUGACGCCUUGAACAUAACGGGGUCGGCGAUGGUGCCCUGCAUGAUGCUCGUCCUCGGUGCAAGCCUUGCUAAAGGCCCGGGAGCGUCCAGCCUUGGCAUGAAAACAACCGUUACGAUCACGGUUGUGAGGCUUCUAGUCAUGCCAGCGAUCGGAUUACUUGUCGUGGAGGGGGCAGAUCGACUGAGCCUCAUCCCCGCUCAGAACAAACUCUUCCGCUUCGUUCUUCUCUUGCAACACUCGAUGCCAUCGUCGAUUCUAGCUGGAACCGUGGCAAGCAUUCAGGGCCAUGGAGAGAAAGAAAUAUCGGCAGUUUUGUUCUGGGAGCACAUAUGCGCCGUGUUUACGAUGACCGCAUGGCUGGUCCUCUUCCUCAACCAUCUCUUUUGAGAACUGGUACGCGAAGAUACGAGAAAUAGUUUUGUUGUUGUUGUUGUACAGGCUUCUCACCGAAUCGUGAGAACGAAAAGACAAAGGCUGGUUCUAUAUUGGACACGUAAGUUAUUUACUGUUAUCACAGCGAUGCCUUGAAAUUUAAUAACGGGAAAUUUUUUGUC